AGCUAGCUGAAGCUGGUGAGGGCUGUGUAAAGGUUUCAGACAUGACGUUGAUGACGGACGAUAUAGAGUGGUAUCCCUUGCCUGAAGUGGACGACAUUCAUGACGAUGCAAGAUCAACCCAGGGAACCAUUUCAACCACAGCAAGUCAUUCUUCCACUGCCCCCUCCCUGAGCUAUCUCACUCCAGCCUCUUCUAUUGGCAGUUUCAGGUCUCGCAGUCGGCCUGAGAACAACAACCCACACAUUACUGGCACAAUUCAGCCUUACCUCAGAAGAGCCCUGAAAACUGGGAGCCAGCUGGGAAGUCACACACACAAAGGGGUAGAAUCGUCUAGAUCACAGAAGUCAAUUCCUUCUGCCUCUUCGUUUUCCACCGCAUGGAGCAUUCAGAGGGGGGAGAGUUCAGUAGCACAGGCAACUCUGUCUCUGUCUAGGAAAACCUCCUCCUCUGUCAGUUUCAAGACAGCUAGAUCGGCUUCUGCCCCAGCUCUGAAAUCAAGUCAGUCGACAGUAAACACCCACUCAGAGGGACCCAGGCUCACGUCUGUGGUGGUGACAGCUAGCAACUCACCCAGUGAUCACCGAGACAGAGAUGAGAAUUCUAACAUCGAUAGUGGAUCCACACAAUCCUCUGCUGCAGCCAGCAGUGAUGAAAGACUACACAAUAUCAUAUCCCAACCACCCACAAUUGCCCAGGGUCUAUCCUCCUCCAAGGACCUCCCUCCCAGCACUGCAAAGCCUCUGGGCACUUCCAUCACAAGCUCAGUACUCACUGCCAGCACACCGGCCACAAGCCCACUCAAACCUCUGCAUCUGCCUCCUCACCAAUCAACAUCUGGAUUUCUCACACCAGGUGGACUGAACCAAGGGACGCAGACUUCCGCUAUCUCUCCAAGCACACUGAACAACCUGUGGACCCAGUUUCUGGCUGGCAGUGGAUCAGCCGACCCUGCCAAGCAAUCCAGGGCACUCAGAAGUGUAGCCUACUCUGAGACUGGGGUUCAGACAACACCCUCACUGGCAAUUAACAAAUUUCCCUCGUGCCACCUUCAAUCAGUGAAACGAGCACCACCGCGACUGUCUCAGCUCACACUCCAAGAGUCUCUGCGGACUCUGAGGCCGGAUUUUGUCUGUCGCAGUGAGCAGCGACAGAGAGAACUGCGGAGGAACCGAGACAUCCGCAACCGUGCCCACUGCAGGGGAACAGCAGAGCUGCUCAACCACUGUCGCCCUGUCACUAGAGAGAGAGGGAAAUCUGCACGCACACCACACUUUGUUCCCAUUGACGUUACAAGAAACCGACCCAAGAUGUCUCCUGUGGAAAUGUACCGAAACAGCAAAAAAUAUUGGUGCAAGCUGCCUGAGGUGAAGCAAAAGGAACAGGAGCAGAGGAGGGAGUCUCAGGCAGCUACCAACAGACUACGUAUGAAGCUCUACCAGCAGAAAGUUCUAGAAAGAUUAAGAAAACAGAGGAAAUGAAGAAAAAACAACAGACUAGAACUCUGAUUGACUUUUUUGUAGUUAAACAGUGUCCAACAUAAACCUGGAAAUGA